AUGAUAGCAGCACAUUGGAAAAAUAUUGGUAAUUCAACAUAUAUUAAAAAAGAAAUUUAUAGUAUGGAAUGGGAUGUUGAUUUAAAACAACAAGUAGCAGUAGCAGCACCAUUCGCAGGUCCAAUUGCAGUGAUGAGAGAUUCUACCAAAUUUGUUGAAGUCAAUUCACAAAAUAUGAAACCAUACUUAAAGAUUUAUACAGCUGCUGGUACUUUAAUGUCACAAAUGAUUUGGGAUUCGUCAAAAAAGAUUGUAGCAAUGGAUUGGAUAGAAAAAGAAAGAUUAGUUUUAGUAUUACAAGAUGCAACAGUUUUAAUUUAUAAUAUAUUUUGUGAACUAAAAACUCAAUUUACACUAGGUGAUGUUGUAAGACAAGAAGAAAUUUUAGAAUGUAAAAUUUGGAGUGAUGGUAUUGUAGUAUUAACAUCAGCAGCAAAACUUUAUUCAGUACCUUCAAUUAAUGAUUUCUUUGAAGAGAAUGGUAAAGUGAUUCGUUUACCUCAAAUACCAGAAGAGUUUGGAGAAAAGAGACCAGAAUGGGCUAUUUUAGAACCACAAUUUUCAUUAACCCAAUCAUUAGAAAUCUAUAUGUCAAUCAAUGGUACAUUAUAUUUAAUCGAUGAAGAUAAAGUGGAAGCACAAUUAGAUUCAACAGAUAUACUUUUAAAGAUGGAAAUUUCACCAUGUGGAAAGAAAUUAGCAUGUUUUGAUAGAAAAGGCACAUUAUUAAUUUUAAAUAUUGAUGGUAGUCACUCCUCUGCUCCAGAAAGAAUGGAUACCAAGUCCCCUAAAGUUCCAACAUUAAAGUGGUGUGGUAGUGAUGGUAUAGUAAUGUAUUGGGACUCUAUAGCCAAAGAACCAGUUUUUAUAUUCUUUUCAAAUGGCGAUUGGGCUAAAAUUACAUUGGAACAACCAGUAUCAUUAGUAACCGAAAUUGAUGGUGUACGUAUUAUAUCUGAUACAACAUCCGAAUUCUUCCACAGAGUAUCCGACGUAACUGUUGAUCUUUUCAAGAUUGGUACUACCUCGCCAUCAUCAAUUCUCUAUGAUGCCACCGAACAUUUUAUUAAUAAAAGUCCACAAGCCGAUGAAUCAAUUCGUUCAAUUCGUGACUCUUUACAGGAUGCCGUCAAUAGUUGUAUUUUAGCUGCAGGUUAUGAAUUUAGUGGUGCCGAACAAUCUAAACUUUUAAAAGCUGCUUCAUUUGGUAAAUGUUUUUUAGACAGUUAUAAUCCAUUACCAUUUGUUACAAUGUGUAGAAAUUUACGUGUUUUAAAUGCGGUUAGACAUCAUGAAAUUGGUAUACCACUUUCAAUUCAACAAUUCCGUUAUAUAGGUAUCGAUGAAUUAAUUGAUCGUCUUAUCAAUAGAAGAAAACAUCUUUUAGCAUGGAGAAUCUGCGACUACCUCAAAAUUAAAUCAGAUGUUGUACUCAAUCAUUGGGCUUGCACUAAAGUUAGAACUGAUAUUCCCGAUCAAGAGCUCAGUCAAAUUAUUAUUAAAAAGCUCGAAUCUGUUCCAGGUAUUUCAUUUGCAAAUAUUGCAUCACAAGCUUUCCUUUCAGGUAGAAGUAAAGUAGCAACUAAACUUUUAGAAUACGAACCAAAAGCCGCUGAACAAGUACCACCAUUAAUCAAGAUGGGUGAGAGUGGUAUGGCCCUCAACAAAGCUAUCGAAUCUGGUGACACCGAUCUUGUUUAUUUAGUAUUACUAUCAAUGAAAAGAAACUUGGAAAUAUCACACUUUUUAGAAGUUACAUUUAGCAAAACUGUAGCAUUAGAUCUCUUAAUCAACAUGUGUAAACAAAAGAACGAUCUUCCACUCCUUAGAGAAAUUUAUGAUAUUAAGGGUCAAAUCAGAGAGAUGUCAAAUAUAUUUUUAACUGAAGCAUUUAGAAACCCAGAUUUAGAUGGUAGAAUGAAAGCAUACCACAAAGCAAUCGAUUGCCUUCGUCAAUCGAAAGAUAAAGAAGAUCAAUCAACUCUUAAAAAUGUUGAAGACCAAAUUAAAUUAGAGAUGCUUCAAAAGGAAUUAGAAACAUCCCUUCAAGAGCAAUUCGAAGGUAUGUCAAUUAGCGAUACAAUCUAUAAAUUAAUUUCAUUAAAUCAAGGUAAAAGAGCCAACUCUAUAAAGUCUGAAUUCAAGGUACCAGACAAGCGUUUCUGGUGGAUCAAAAUCAAAGCCCUCUCGAUAAUGUGUGAUUGGGAAGAGUUAAUGAAAUUCUCCAAAGAUAAAAAAUCACCAAUUGGUUACGAACCAUUUGUCGAGGUUUGUUUAGAACAAAAGAAUCAAAUUGAAGCUUUAAAAUAUAUCCCAAGAAUUACAGAAUCUUUACCAAAAGUUCAAUUCUAUAUACAAAUUAGUUAUUUUAGAGAAGCCGCAGAUAUUGCUUUUAAAGAAAAAAAUGUCGAUUUAUUAAAUUUAGUUGCUAAAAAAUGUACAAAUCCUGAAGUACUUAAAGUAAUUGAACAAAUGUUCCAACAAUUAAGAAGAUAA